AUGAAUAUUAAUAGUUGUUCUUCUGAGGUUGUGGAUAAUUGGUAUAGGCUAUUUAAUGAUGAGCAUAAGAAAAUAGGUGAACGUUUUCAGCGACAUGUAUGUCGUCCUGUUUGUCAUAAAGGUCAGAGUUCUUUUAGUACAUGUCGUUUUGGUUUUUCUCAUGAUGUUGUUGAAAGUUCAUCAUUUGAUACCAAAAAUAAUUCAAUAAUAUUUGCCAGAAAAGAAUGUGAUGUUAAUGGUCAUAACCCAUAUCUAUUGGUAUUUACGAGACAUAAUCAUGACAUUAAAUGUAUCCUUUCUGGUAAAGCUGCAAAAGCUGCUAUGUUUUAUAUAUCAGAUUAUAUCACUAAAAUGCCAUUAAGUACCGAUAUUUUGUUGUCAACAUUG